GGCAACGCUAUAGCUAACUGGCGCUGUGGCCAUCCCUGGUUGUCAGCUGUUUGAAGACAAUAUCCAAAUCUCAGUCGCUAUUGCUUUUCGCUGAAUGUUGCCACCGUCCAUCGUGGCUAUUUAAUCUGGAGGAUGAGCAUCGACGACGUUAUCUACGUUAUUUGCCUGCUCGCCUGCAUUGGCGCCGGCAGUUAUGUGAAGAAAAUCCGCAAUGAAAGUCAACGCAAGCUGCUCAGUACUUCGCUGGGCAUCCUGGUGGUCGUCAUCGUAUCUGGAUUCCAUAGUCUUCACUGCGCUAUUUCUGUGGCAUUGGGCAGCGCCAGCGUGCUCCUAGUGCAUCCGAGCAAAUGCCACCUGGUCACAUUCGUGGUCAUGUUUGGCUAUUUAGUCUUCUUCCGGCUGGUGGAUCUCUUCGGCUUGCCCAGUGUACCUGGUCACACCAAUAUGAUACAAAUGAUACUCACACUUAAGGUCUCUGGCAUUGCAUUUGAGAAGACUGCCGCCUGGAAGCGAUUAAAGGAGCGCGAGGAGCAAGACAGCAACAAAGAGCGGGAUGUGAACAAAGAGAGCACCAUUGAGAUAUCUGACUACGAUGUAGAGUUACAGCAGCUAUCCCCCCACGAAAUUGUCCAUUAUUGCUUCAAUUACAUCGGAGUACUAACAGGACCCUAUUAUCGCUAUCGGACCUAUCGUGACUACUUUGAAACGCCUUUCAAGGACUAUGCUCCUAGCGUCGGCGCCACCCUUGAGAAAUUGAAAAACGCUGGCUUCUAUUGCACAUUAUAUCUAAUUGCUAACUAUAUAUGGCCUUUGGAUUACGCACUCAGUGACGAAUUCUAUAAUCAGCGUUCGUGGGUAUAUCGCUUGCUGUACGUUUGGCCAACUUUCUUCAUAUUCCGGGCACGGAUCUACACAGGAUUGACGUUAAGCGAAUGUGUGUGCACAAUGGCAGGAUUCGGGGCUUAUCCCGACGAGGCGGAUCCCACUAAUGGAGAGGGACCACGCAAACGCUACCAACACUUAAAGCGCAACGCGGAUAAACUGACCUACAACUUUACGACUAUCGUGAAUACUCGUGUCCUGGAAGUAGAACGUUGCUGGACAUUCCGCGAGGGCAUGAAGCAUUGGAAUGUCUGCGUACAAUAUUGGCUGGCUGUCAAUGUAUAUAAGCUCUUUCCCAGCAAGAAGUACAGAACUGGGGCCACGCUGCUAUGUUCAGCCUAUUGGCAUGGCUUUCGACCUGGUCACUAUUUCUGUAUCAUGGGUGCGCCGUUCUAUGUGCCAUUGGAGGACAUGUGGAAUAAAUUGGUACGCAAGGAUGCCACCGGUAUACAACGUAAUGUGAUUGACGUCAUCUUUUGGAUUGCCAAGUGGUUCGCCUUCAGUUACUUGGGUACUGCCUUUUUGCUCUCAUCGUUCGGCAACAUUUGGCGCUACUAUAGCUCCGUCUAUCACAUUGGCUACGUAUCCUGGGCUGUUUUUAUGGCAUUGGGCAUCUUCCUAACUAAACAGAAGAAGGCCCUCGAACGCAAACAGAAGAGAGCUGCGGAGGCUGCUGGCGCCGCUGGCGAUGCAGCGACGCUCAUAGAAAAGGAACUGUGAGCAGAUUUUAGAUUAAACACAUACGACUUGGAUCUAACGUAGAAAUGCUUUACGUCAAUAUUGUAACAAUUGAUUAAUGGGAUCCAGGCAUAAGUCCAACUGUAGUGCACGUUCGUUAUUGCUAACAUUAUAAGAGAUUAUAUACAGAUUA